AUGUCGCACGGCUCAACGCCGCAGCAUGGGCAGACCCUGCAGCGUGCAACGCAUUACGUGGACCGAGACGACCCUGGCCCUACCUUCGAUCGGAGCGGGAGCUGUCGCGGCGCGGAAAGGCGCCGAUCCAGGUCACCUGGCGCUCCCGCACACUCGGGUAGUUCGGUACCAUGGGCGGAUCAACGGCUUCCACGAGCGGAUGCCGCUCCGCCUGCCAAGCCUCCCGCGACAUCCAAGGGCGCCUCGGUCAAGCCAUCAAUACCGCGGCCUGCCGCAACCGCAGCCACCAAGCGCAUGGCCACCGACAUUACCAAGUGGAACCGCAAACAGGCUGAACUGCAUCAACUUCCGGCAUCCUCUCCCGCCACGGCUGCGGUAUCGGACUCGGCCGAAGCUGGGCCGUCGUCGGAACGAAUGAGCUCGGCGGCGGAGAUGUCAUCAGAGGCACUGGCUCGGUACGACUACAAGGAUCUCGGGCGCAUCGCAUGCCUGCUGUGCCAGCGCAAGUUCAAGAGCGCCGAUACACUGCAUCGGCAUGAGAGCGAGUCGCAGCUGCAUCGCGAUAACCUCGCCAGCGCGGACACGUGUCGUCAAGGCGUCGCGCGCAAGCUCGAAGCCCUUGCCAGCCUCACCUCCCCGGCCGACAAUGCUACCGCUGUGACGGCGGCUUGCUCUGCACCCACACAAUACCGCGAUCGCGCUUCAGAGCGACGCGCAGUCUUCGGCACCGAAGCUCCACCUCCCAGUGCGGCCAGUGGCGCAGGCAAGGCGUUUGACGCGCCCAAGACGGCCGGUGGAGAGACGGUGCGGUCGGCACCCGAACGCCCCGUCGGUGAGGAGAAUGUCGGCAGCAAGCUGUUAAAGAUGAUGGGAUGGACGCAGGGCGAGGGACUCGGCAAGGGCAGGCAGGGCACCACCGAGAUCGUGCAGACAAAGGUAUACAGACCCGGCGCAGGGCUGGGUAGCGCUGCGCCUGUGCCCACCGCGGAACGACCGGGCGGCGCAGAAUCCAUCGCCACAUCCAGCAGAGGCAGCGUCACGUUCCAAGGCUAUGCACACCGCGCCAGAGAUCGUAAGUAG